UUGUUCGUUUGAAAUACGCAGAUUUAUUUUCCAACACUAUAUUUCUAAAUAUAUUUAGUGCGAUAAGUCGAUAACGUGAUGUACAUAAAGCACCACCUCUAACCGCCAUUGCUUUUUAAAUUUACCGAACACUUUGAAAAAGUUGGCGUCCUUUUUUUUUAGAUGUAGAACAGCAACAAAAUUAUUUUAAAAUACAUCAUAGCUAACAAUACGUUUAUAAAAAUCUGAAGUGCACAUUCACGGAAAUUGAACAGACAUAUUUCAAAAAAAGAAAAUGGACCACACAGUUAAAUUGGAAAUCCUUGAGGAAACGUCUGCAUACGUCGAUCGUCUGCAGUCAAUGUGGAUUCAUAUGUUUGAGCCCAAAACAUGCGAUGAGUUUCUUUUGCGUCUUAAGGAGCAUGUGAAUAUAUUCUUUGCCGAUGUAAUUAACGAAUCGACACAAAAGGAACAGAUAAUACUUAGCGAAAUAGCCAGUCUGAAGACUGAGGCCGAGGACCUUAAUCGCCUAUUGAAUGAAAAGGUUGUCGUAGGUGAGCGGCCCGAGGACAUGCCCCUGGUGAUGUGGCAAUUGGAAUUGGACAAAAGCAUUGAGCACCUUCGAAAGGACCUGAACGAACGUCGUGCUGAAAUUUUUGAGUUGCUUCUGCAACAGGAGCAGCUGUGCGAUGAACUGGGUGAAUUGCCUCUGCCCUUGUUGGCCGAUCCACUACCUAAAGAAGACGAAUUGUUUACAUUUCGCGAGCACUUGGAAAAAAUGCGUGAUAAACGUGAUCAGCGGCUCAAGGAGAUGUACGAGUUGCGUCAGGAGAUUAAACAGCACAUGAAGACACUGGAACUGCUGCCCAUAAAUGAGAAUGUUGAGCGUCUAUUGAAUCCCAUCAAUCAGAAUCUAACACCGGAGACAUAUGCCAGUCUUCAGAAACUGCGUGAAACUUACAAGGCACAAAUCAAGGAAAUGGAAACCGGCAUUAAUGAGAUGUUUGAGAAAAUACAAAAGCUAUGGGACCGUCUCGGCGACGAGGUGAUCGAGCCAAAGCAAAGGACACGCAUUGAGGAAUGCAGAUCGAAAUACAAUCAGCAUACAUUCGAUAUACUCCGCGAGGAGGUGCAACGCUGCCAGACCCUAAGAAGCCAGAAUCUGAAGCGUUUCAUUGAGAAUCUACGUGUGGAGAUCUACAAGUGGUGGGAUCUCACCUUGAAGAGCGAACAGGAGCGCAAGCGUUUCUAUAAUUUCUUCAAUGAUUUCUACAAUGAGGAUUUGCUCGAGCUGCAUGAGUUCGAACUGGACGAUCUGAAGAAUUACUAUUAUAAGAACAAAACCAUUUUCGAGCUAUUCGAGAGUCGCGGUACUCUCUGGGCUCGCAUGGAGGCUUUGGAGGCCAAAGCCAAUGAGCCGGGUCGCUUCAACAAUCGUGGUGGCCAACUACUUAAAGAGGAGCGUGAACGUAAGGCUAUUACCUCGAAGCUGCCCAAAAUUGAACAGGAAAUAACCGAGCUUGUUCAGGAAUAUCAGGAGCGAGAGAAUGCUCCAUUCUUGGUGUUUGGUAAGAAUAUACUGGAACGCAUUGCCGAAGACUGGGAGACUAAGAAGAAGAACCGCCCGGUAUAUGCUGGCAAAAUGUUGCCACCACCUACACCCACACAGGCGCCACGUACUCCCAUGUCCAUGCGCAAUGUGUCGACCUCCACAUUUUCAUUGAGAAAGACACCAUCUCAGGUCAAAUUGACUACGGGUAGCACUGGCAAUCUAAAUAAACGCCGCCAUCUGUUGACCAGCGGCUCCUCGACCAAUUCUGUUAAUGAAACGGCCACGCCCAAUGCCAAGCGCAAUCUAAUAUCCUUCUUGAAAUCGCCCGUACCGUCGCCACGUAAUCGACGUCCACCAGCGCAGCGUCAGUUGUCAGCCAAAACCUCUAAGAAUUCGCCCUUGAGGCGUGUACGUGUCUUUGAGAACACCAUGCGACGCAGUGGUGGCCUUGGACGACGUAGUAUGGGCAAGAAUCGCAAUGCUGCUGCUGCCGCUUCUUCAACCAAGGUAGCCAUACAAAUUCAGCCGCCCACCGAUGAUGAGUAUGAAUAUUUACCGGAUGAGAAUUGUAAUCCAGAUGCUGCUCAUACUGCAGUUGGUGCAGAUCCCAAUGAUACCUAUCAGGAGUUUGAGCCAUCGGCAAGAUCAUCCAUUAUGCCAUUGGGUCUGCGUCAGCCACGUGUCCUAAUUAAGCCCAAGUCCACACCGUCAAAGCCAAUGGCCAAGAAGAUAAUGCCACAACCAUUGGAGACUGAUGAUGAGAAGCGGCGUCAACGCAAUCUGCCCGAGCCCCGUAGCAGUCGCAUGUGGCGGCCAAACAAAGUCUAAUUAUAUACUUAAUGUUAAAGAGAUUUAAUAAAAUUAUAAUGUACCUUAGUACCCUA